AUGAUCACAGCUGCAGAAUAUGGAGACACAUCAUGGGAGCUGUCCGUGCAUGUGGAUCAAAAAGAUGGAGAUGAAUCUAUGAGAUUUAAACUGAGGGUGAAGGGCGAUUUGCACAUUGGGGGCCUCAUGCUCAAGCUGGUGGAGAAGAUCAAAGCCCCUCAGGACUGGUCAGAUCAUGCCCUGUGGUGGGAACAGAGAAAAUGCUGGCUGCUGAAGACCCACUGGACAUUGGACAAAUAUGGAGUUCAGGCGGACGCUGACCUGCGCUACACACCCCAGCACAAACCCCUGUUGCUGCAGCUCCCCAAUAUGAAAACCAUCAAAAUGACUGUCAGCUUCUCCUGUGUCGUCUUCAAAACAGUGACAGAGAUCUGUCAAAUACUCAACAUCAGGAGGCCAGAGGAACUGUCCCUGCUGAAGCCUCCAGAUGAUCCCUCCAAGAAGAAGAAGAAGAAGGACAAGAACUCUGUACAGCAUGACAUAUGGGACAUUGAAUUGCCCGGAUCAUCAGGUACUAUGAAAUACAUACCUGUUUCACAAGCCAUGUACAGUAAGACCAUGACAGCAACCUACGACCCUGAGAACGGGAUGCCAGUGUCUGCCACAAGCCUUUGGUUUGGAGAAAACCCUUUAGCUGAAUGCCUGCCCAACUUACCACCUGCUGAGCUGGCCAAGAUAUACCAGCCGCUGUCACUGGUGGACAAAGCAAUCAACAAUGCAGGGUGGUUGGACUCAUCCCGUUCUCUUAUGGAGCAAGACAUUCAAUAUGAAGACAAGCUAUUGUUGCGCUUUAAGUACAAUGUCUUCUUCGACCUCAACCCUAAAUACGAUGGUGUCAGGAUAACCCAGCUGUAUGAACAAGCUCGCUGGUCCGUCCUGCUUGAGGAGAUAGAUUGCACUGAGGAAGAAAUGCUGAUGUUUGCUUCACUACAGUAUCACAUUUGUAAACUGACAAUGUCAAGUGAGCCACUGGACCACUCUAACGAACCAGAAAUAGAUGAAGUAGAGGCUGCCCUAUCCAACCUGGAGGUGACACUUGAAGGCGGACACACAGACAGAAUUCUGGAAGACAUUACAGACAUUCCAGAGCUGGCAGAUUCCCUCCGGCUGUUUAGACCGAAAAGACUAACACUCCGGCCUUACAAAGAGUACUGGUUUGUAUUCAAGGACACCACCAUCUCCUACUACAAGAACAAGGAGGUGUCCAACGGGGAACCCAUAGAUCAGUUUCACCUUCGAGGCUGUGAGGUAGUCCCUGAUGUCAAUGUCACAGAUAAGAAGUUUGGCAUCAAGCUCCUGCUCCCAGUUGCUGAUGGGAUGAAUGAGGUGUACAUCCGAUGUGACAACGAAACACAGUAUGCAAAGUGGAAGGCAGCAUGUAUCCUAGCCUCCAAAGGUAAGACAAUGGCCUACAGCUCCUACAAGUCAGAAGUGAAGAACAUCCAGUCGUUCCUGCAAAUGAAGAGCUUGGCACCCCCUCCUGGCCAAGCAGCUCCAGACCUUGAUGCUAUGGAGAUGAAUGCUGAAUGUUUUGUUUCUCCACGCUACGCCAAGAAGCACAAGACCAAACAGCUGACAGCACGAAUCCUGGAGGCCCAUCAGAACAUUGCACGGCUGUCCCUAAUGGAGGCCAAGAUGCGCUUCAUCCAGGCCUGGCAGUCACUCCCAGAGUUUGGUAUCAACUACUACAUUGUCAGAUUUAAAGGCGGUAAGAAGGAUGAGAUUCUUGGGAUCUCAUAUAACCGUCUGAUUCGUCUUGACAUGUCCUCUGGCCUGCCUGUCACCACAUGGAGGUUCGCCAAUAUGAAACAGUGGAACGUCAACUGGGAGAUAAGACAGGUGACCAUAGAGUUCGACCAGAAUGUGACAAUAGCCUUCUGCUGUUUGAGCUGUGACUGCAAGGUGGUCCAUGAGUUCAUUGGCGGUUACAUCUUUCUCUCCACACGAUCUAAAGACCAGAACGAGACGCUAGAUGACGAACUUUUCCAUAAACUUACUGGAGGCCAAGAAUGA